AGCGAGGGGCGGAGACGGAGCUGCUUUUAAAUAGCUCCGAUCGAAGGAGUGAAGCAGCCAGAGAGAGCGAACUAGGGAAGCUGGGCUUCUGCCUUUGCUUCCUUCCCUCCCUCGCUCUCUCGGUGGACCCGCCUGGCUCCUUCCUUCGCUCACCUUCGAAGGCAUCUUCCUCUGCAGCCCAGCGCAGCCUCUGCCAUGAUGAGCACAACUGCCUUCCUCCUCUUCGCCCUCCUCCUCCUCCUGCUUCUGGUGUCCUUUCGUUUCGGAAGAUCUCGGCGACCAGAUGAACCUCCGCUUGAUAAAGGUGUCAUUCCUUGGCUUGGUCAUGCUCUCGAAUUUGGGAAAGAUGCUGCCAAAUUCUUGUCAGAGAUGAAGAAGAAGCAUGGUGAUAUUUUCACAGUUCAAGCUGCAGGGAAAUUUAUCACCAUCUUGCUGGAUCCUCACUCCUAUGAUGUGGUGCUUUGGGAAUCCCGCUCCAAGUUGGACUUCAACAAAUAUGCACGUGUUUUAAUGGACCGAAUGUUUGAUGUCAGACUCCCAGAUUAUGACCCCAAUGAAGAAAAGGCCCUGUUAAGAAUGACUCUGCAAAACAAGAAUCUUUCCUCCCUGACAAAGGCAAUGGCCUUCAAUUUGCAAACUGUUCUGCUUUCUGACCCAAGAAGUGCUACUCGCCAGUGGAAAGAGGAGGGCCUCUUUCACCUUUCCUAUAGUACUAUGCUCAGAGCUGGAUACCUGACACUCUAUGGGAAUGAAGGGAAGGAUUAUCAAGAUAUCUUUAAUCAAGCAAAAGACCAGGCUCAAUCACUGGAAGUAUAUAAUGAGUUUUAUAAACUAGACCGUCUAUUGAUGAAAGCUGCCCGCUCCAGCCUAAGUGCAGAGGAGAAGAAAAAAUUUGACAGUGUCAAGAAGGAUCUCUGGAAAUUACUUUCUGUCGAAAGGUUGGAUGGCAGAGCAAACCGAAGUGUUUGGCUGGAUUGCUAUAAGCAGCAUUUGGUCAACAUGGGAGUGGAUGAAGAUAUGCAAACUCGAGCCAUGUUGCUUCAGCUCUGGAGCACUCAGAGUAAUGCAGGACCUGCAGUUUUCUGGCUUCUCUUGUUUCUUUUAAAACACCCUUCAGCUAUGGCAGCAGUUCAAGGUGAAAUGGAAAAAAUAUUGGGCUCCAGAAAACAUACAACUGGACAUGUGUGUGGGAUCAGCCAAGAGAAAUUGGACAGCACACCCAUUUUUGACAGCGUAAUGAAUGAAACUCUGCGUUUGACAGCAGCUCCUUUUAUCACCAGAGAAGUCCUUCGAGACAUGUGUCUGAGGCUGCCAGAUGGCAGAGAAUAUUGCCUGAGAAAGGGAGAUAGGCUUUGCCUGUUUCCAUAUAUAAGCCCUCAAAUGGACCCCCAAAUCUACGAAGAGCCAGAGAAAUUCAAAUAUAAUAGGUUCCUCAAUGCAGAUGGCACAGAAAAAACAGACUUCUAUAAAGGAGGAGAAAAGCUAAAGUAUUACACCAUGCCAUGGGGAGCAGGAAUCAAUGUCUGUAUUGGAAAGUGCUUCGCAGUGAAUAGUAUCAAACAGUGCGUUUUCCUCCUCUUGAGAUAUUUUGAUUUGGAGCUGAAAGAUCCUAAGAUAAAGAUUCCAGACGUUGACAAGGAAAGAUAUGGCUUUGGAAUGUUGCAGCCAGAAAUGGACAUCAUAGUUCGAUAUAAACUGAAAGAGCAGUAGUACAGCAUGUUUCUUUUCCCAAGCAAAUUCUGGAAAUUGCUUCAUAAUCAGCAAGAAAACAGCUCUUCAUGGUUUCUGUUGAAAAAAUGUUAUCUCCAUGCUAUUCCUAAGGGAUGACCUAUGCAAUAACUACGAACAGGCCAUCUUAAGAUGUUCACUGUCACCUGUAAGCUGUUUGCAUGAAAAAGAAUCAGUAUUUGGGUUUUGCCAUUUUUACUACAUCACUUCAGCCCAACAUUUUGGGACCUGCAUGGUGGUGUAAGUGGAUAAUUGUAAACAGUUCACAACAUGGCAGCUGUUAAAGUGACUUUCAUGUGACAAGCACAAAUAUGAAGUGAACUAGCAAAUAUAUCGGAAUGGUUAGUAGUUGUUGGCUUAUUUUAUUUAUGCUUAGGCUUCUUCCAGUAAUAUGAAAUGCCAAAUACCAAACAGAUGCAAUUUAAAUUGUUACAAGGGGAAUGGUUAGUAAGUGUGAUCUGGGAGAAGUUGUUUAAAUGUUGGUUUGUUCUGCAAUUGUUUUGCAAGAUAUCAACAACCAUUUCUGUAUCUUUUUUCUGGUCCUUUCUCCCCUCACCUUCAAUUUUAUCACUAUGGUUUUAAUCUUAUACGCUCUUAGGCUGCACUUUUAUACCCACUUACAACUGAAGUUGGUAGAUUUCCUCUGAACUUGCAUAUUGAUUUUCUACAAUAGCUUUUACACACAUUUAAGCCGUUUUUUUCUCUCUCUUUCCCUAUUUCCUCCCCCAAUACACUCAUAGAUAUAUAUUAUAAGAUAAAAUAAAGAUAAAGAUGGGAAGCAAGAUUUUGCUUGCUGUUCCUGCUCUACCAUCUAUUUGUUCAAAGAUCCUGAAUAGAGAAGGGUUGUUGUAGUAGUUGUAGUUGUCAUUGUUGUUGUUGUUACUAUAUGCCUUCAAGUCAACUCCAAUGUAUGGUGACUCAUAAUAGGGUUUUCAUGGCAAGAUUUAGUAAGUUUGGCAUUGACCUCUUCAGCUGAGAAAAUGUGACUUUCCAAAGGUCACCCAUUGGCUUUCCAUUGCUGAAUCCUAGGCUCCCAGAGUUGUAGCCCAACACUCAAACCACCACAACACAUUGGACUAUCUAUGAGCAAUGUAGAUACAGAAAUAAUAUCUUUUAAGAAGGGGUCCCUGCAAAAGACAUACUCCAGUUAGGUGUGCUGAACCUGUACCCAGACAGCUGUAUACAUGUAGGUGCUGUUUAGACUCUUAGCUGACAGGACAGGGCUAGCAGAUGCAGAUCCCUGUUGUUUAUAUCCAUGACUAUGGCUGCUGUCACACAGUAGAAUUAAUGCAGUUUGAUACAGCUUCUUCUUCCAUAGCUCCAUCCUAUGGAAUCCUGGGAUUUGUAGUUUAUUGUGAUGCUAGAGUGCUCUGACAGAGAAGGCUAAAUGUCUCAUAAAAUUACAAAUCUCAGAAUUCCAUAGCAUUGAGCCAUGGAAGUUAAAGUGGUGUUAAAUUGCAUUAAUGCUGGAGUGUAGCUGCAGCCUAAGUCAUAAAAAGAUGGAUACAAUAUGCCAUUUUUGGUUUCUUUCAGCUGCUGCUGCUGCUUUCUCCUCCUCUUGUUUUGCAAGUAGUUUUCUAAAUAUAAUGCACUUUGAACAUUAUUUUUGCUAAUAUGCACUUUUUGUGUGCAUUUUUUAAAUUAGAGAAUGUUCUUGCAAAAUUCAAAGGAGUGCCAGGUUUGAAGGGUAACUUUCACAAAUGGAAAGAGUGUAAAACCAUUUUGGGGAGUGGGCCAAAUUUGUCUGCCCCACAGCUACUGGUGGGAUGGAUGUCAUCAGGAUCAUGGCCAUGCCCUCUAGCAUCAUUGGAUUACUUGGAUCAAGUGCCCAGGAACCCAACUGUAUACUGCAUGAUAUACCUAUGAUGGGGAGGGACUUUGAGAGGGAAUAUGUAUUUUUAGGGAUUCUAUGGACUAGAGAAGAGAUUAAGGGGCUAUACAGACAGACCAAAGGGGUGGCAUGCAGCCAUCCCUGUUUCAGCCAGAUUGGGGCUGCAGCAACCACACGCCGUGGCACCAACCUUGCAAAGCACAAAAAGGAGCCGCAAAAACCAGCUCCUUAUGCACCUUUCAAAGGGCGCAAUGGGCGCAUUGCCACAGCUUGGCAGUGCUCCUUCGGUGCUGUGUUGUGCAGAUGCAGCACCGAAGGAGUGUCGUGCUGCCGCAUGCCGUGUGCUACGGUGUGCAGUAUCGUGGAGACGCUAUACCCUGACUCUGCCCCCAGCCUUUUAGGCAGGUGUGUACAGGCUCCAAGUUCACAAAUGUUCCCUUCCCCUGGCAUAUUGGCUUAAUAGUGCAUUAAAAAGCAAGCCAAUAUGGCCUUUGUUUGGUUUCACUAACCACAUUACUGAAACACACUCUUAUAGCACUGCUAUUCCACUUUUACUGCUCUGGCUGCCUCCUGUUACAUUCUGAGGUUUGUAGUUCAGUGAGGUCUAAGAGAUCUCUGGCUGAGAAUUUUAAAUACCCCUCCUUAAACUGCAAAUCCCAGAAUGUAACAGGAACAGUUAAAGUGGAAUAGCGGCACUGUAAAAGUGUAGUGUGGUAAAUUAGUAAAAUAGUUAGAUUUUUAAAAGACAGGGCUCUGUCACCUUUAAAAGCAAGCUGAGCCUUAAUUUACAUUAAGAUGUGAUUAACAACACAAACCCUAUGAUAGGUUCAGAUUGCUAUAAAUUAACAACUUGAAGAAACAUGAUAACAACAACAACAAAGACUUGCAUGCUGCCAGCCUCAGGUGAAGGCAAUGGCAAAUCUCUGAACAAAUAUUGCCAAGAAACCUCAUGAUUGGUUCACCUUAGGUUUGCCAUAAGUCGUAAGCAGUUGAAGGCACACAACACGCACAAAUGCACACAGCAGACUUGCAGGAGAGGAAGGACUGUGUUUUUAGUCUAGAGUUCCAACUGUCUUAGGUAGCAUAGUCAAGGAUGAAAUAUUGUGGGACGUGAAGUCUAGAAACAUGGAGGGCUACAGUUGCCCAUCCAUGAGCAAGACAGGCAAGCAUAGCAAACAAACCAAAAAACAAAACCAGGGUGAAAUCCAAUCUCAAUACUUUAGAGGGACUCUAGAACUGUGAAAAAAAUUUUUUUUAAUUACUUAUAGAGCCCAUGGCAUAUGUAAUAGAAGCAAGGAAACAGAAGGGCAGUCUAACAGUUUUGCUAAUUAAUAGGUAAAAUGACCUGACUGAGUAGACUUUGGCAAAGUUCAGCUAGUGUCAUAAUGAGUUCUUUUCCUUUCAGAUGCCAAUUUAUUAUAAGCUAUAACUUUUUGCAAAAUAGGCAUGAAUCCUUCAUGAGUACACAUUGGCUUUAAUGUGUUUGAGAUAGAAGAGAUAGAGAGACUCACUGAUUGCACUAAAAGAAAUGUACAUUUUCAAUAAGAAAGGUGUAUGUGUUCUGCAGUUCAAUGAAAGCUAAAAAUAAGAUACCACCAAGCAGUACAGGAAGUCUGGUGUGUUGGUUAGAAUAGUUUUGGAGCAGGGUGCCAAGGAAAAUCUGCUUGGACACUUUGCUGCUUGCUUUUAUUUCACGAUUUUUUUCCAAGUACCAUGACUUAAAUUGUGUUUAUGCUGCGAUUACCUUUUGGCGGGCCCUUUUUAGAGUGAUUUAAAGGAGUGUUUCUGUGGUUUUAUUGAUAUUUCUGUUGUUUUUAUCAUGGUGUCUCCUUAUUUUUGAUGGUGGCUGCAUAUACACUGCAGAAUUAAUGUAGUUUGACAUUAUUUUAACUGCCCUGAUUCAAUGCUAUGGAAUUCUGGGAUUUGUAGAUUUGUGAGAUAUUUAGCCUUCUCUGUCAGAGAGCUCUGGUGCCACAACAAACUACAAAUCCCAGGGUUCCAUAGGGUGGAGCCAUGGCAGUCAAAGCAGCGUGGUAGCAGCCUGUGUCACCUGAAUAUUUUGUAGAAAUCUCAAAAGUAAAAUGGAAAAAUAAGCAAUAAAGACUUUUAUAUGGGAUCCAAGAGGUAAUACUCUGAGAAUUUCUACUUUUGUUCCUUUUAGAGACCAAAUUUCUAGUUUCUAGUUUCUAAUCCUUAUGACUGAAAAAUAAGGAUUGUGAAAAAGCAUAUGGGCAUUAUGAUGUGUAGAUUUAAAAGCAGUCAGCCAACAAGCUGUCAUGUCUUAGAUCCAUUUCAGAGCUCGAGUAGCCUAGUCAUCAAAAGGGUAUAUAAUAAGUAAGUAAGUAAGUAAGGUAUAUAUCUAGUUGAAUUUCAAAGCCAUGGAAAAGCAUGUCAUGCAAAUUAAAUGGUUGAGGGAUGGAGAAGGAGCUGCUACUGCAAAUGCAGUCAUGUUACUCCUGGAAGUUAGAAUAUAGUGUGGGAACACUGAUGGGCAAAUCUGUCAGGUUCUUCGACAUUCAGAUUUUAUAUUUUUAUAAAUUUCAGUCAUGAAUGAACCCAAAUGAAAUCUCCACCUAUUGUGCAGGGAAAUCUGUCAGAACUAACAAAAUAAAUUUCAACAGGGAGAAAUGCAAGGCAGGGGGGGAAAACCUGAAAUGCUCAGAUGAAGGAUGGAUGAGAUCUGACUUGGUAACAAUCUAGGGCCCCAUUCCCACUGGCUUAUAAAGUGGAUCAAGACUCAGAUUAUGGGGGCAUCAUUCCCAUUUGAGCACGCAUUCGAUCCUCAUCGCGCUGAUUUUGUUCCCAUUGGAAUUCGGAUCUGAUCCCCAUGUAAUCAAUUUUUCCAGGGGAAACCCGAAUCAGGGGGGCUUGAACCUGGGUUAAUUUGACUGUACUUUUUCAGAGGUUUUUCCUGCACCUCCUGAGUCCAGUACAGGGCAAAUGAAUGGGAAUGACAAGGGUGUCAGAUUCGGGAACUUGGGGAUGGGAGGAGCAGGGCUCUGUUCUCUUUUCUGCAUUACCAGCGCCAUUUCCCCCAUUCAUGUAGCCUUUCCCCUGGUGGAGUGGGAAGCAGGGUAAGGCGAUCACAUGUGUAGACAAAUUUAUUUUUUUAAAAAUUAAGCUUUUGAUCGCUUAGACGCUCUGUCAGGUGUCCAAACAUAGCAAAUUGCUAGAUUGACCUCCAAACGCUGUAAACACAUCAUUCCCCCACAACCUCCCCCCUGCUCCACAUGCAUAGAUUGAUGUGUGAGGGGAGCCAUUGAACACCAUUUUAAAACGAUCGCCCCCCAGACAGCCCAGGGAGCAAUGGGGGAGGCAGAAGGACUUGAGGGAAUAGAGGCUUCUUCUCCUUUUCUCAGAGGGGCUCUGGGAAGAUACAGGACAGCUUGGGAGGCAAAGGGACUUGGGGGGGGAUGGAGGCUCCUUCUCCCUUUCCAGAGGGGAAAAGCACCUAAGCGAUUGAUUGACUGCUUAAAAACAAAACAAAACAGAAAAACAGGUUUGAAAGAUGCAAAUGGGAACAGGGAACAAAAAUAGCUCGCGCCAAAAUGCAUCGAAGCAACUGACGUCACUGUGACGUCUAAUUGCCUAAGCACUUGAUUAACAGCUCCUUGAAAAAAAAAAGAGGUUCCAGAAGGGCACUGGAAAUGGGGAACAAAAAAGUUCACUUUAAAAUACAGCAGGGAAAAAUGCAAUUGGAACGAAAACAUAGGUCAAAAUAAAUUGAGUCAUUUUGCAGCCUUUCCUAAUGGGAAUGAAGGACCAGAUUCGAUUAGGACUCGUAAAAAAAAUUUGAGCCAGAAUCACAACAGUAUACGUCACUUUUUGUGCCCAGUGGGAAUGGGGCCUAGGAUUGGUAGAAGACCGAAAACUAAACAUGAGUCAACAUGAUACAGCUGCUAAAAAAACCUAGGCUGCAUCAAUAAGAGUGUAGUGUAUACACUGCUGGAAGUAAUAGUACCACUCUAUUCUGUUUUUUUUCUUUUAAGACAUAACCAUGAGAUGGUUUUUACGCCAGGUGUGUGUUAUAGCUAUGGUUUGUUUUUUGUAUUUAAUGUAUGUAAUUUUAUGCUGUUUUUAUUUGAUGUGGUUAAUUGUUCUUAAAAACUUUUAUUGUAAAGGUUUUAAAAAUGUUUUUAUU